UACACCGUUGGAUGGGUUUGUGCGCUACCAAGGGAACAGAGCGCAGCAUCCUUCAUGUUGGAUGAUAUCCACGAUCCUAGGGAGCUUACCAAUCCAGUUCACGACCAUAAUGCAUACAUUCGUGGCAGUAUUGGCGGUCAUAAUAUUGUCAUUGCCUGUUUACCAAUGGGUUUGACGGGCAACAGUAGCUCGGCGUCAGUGGCAACCCGAAUGAUAGCAACAUUUGAGAAUAUAAAAUUUGGCCUGAUGGUAGGUAUUGGAGGAGGCAUGCCUCAAAAAGAUGUUCGACUUGGAGAUGUGGUAGUCAGCAGCCCUAAAGGCAAGUCCUCUGGAGUCGUCCAAUGGGAUUUCGGCAAGGCAGAAUCAGGGGGCACGUUCCGGCGAACAGGUUCCCUAGACAAGCCUCCAAAGGGAUUAUUAACGGCCUUGGGAAAUGUGCGAUCAGACUCCAUCAAAUGUUAUGAUGAGCUCCAUGCUUAUUUGAGACAUCUCGAAGCGCGAAGCGAUGUUCCAAAAAGCUUCGUUAACCGUGACACGCUUACAGAUGUACUAUAUCAAUCAAGCUAUCCUCACGUUGAAAAGAUUCUCGCUACGGUCGACUGCGCACUAUGCGAUAAAAGCAAGACGGUCGAUAGGGAGCCAAAAACACGAGAUAUUAAGUUCCAUUAUGGCUUAAUUGCCUCAGGUAACCAGGUGGUUAAAGAUGCUCUGGUACGAAACGAAAUUUAUGACGAUCUCUCCAAAGAUUUAGACACAGAAGUUCUUUGUGUCGAGAUGGAAGCGGCAGGGUUAAUGAAUGAUUUCCCGUGUCUUGUCAUCAGAGGUAUCUGCGAUUAUGCAGACUCGCAUAAAAAUGAUGCUUGGCAAGACUAUGCUGCAUGUGUGGCGGCAGCAUUUGCAAAAGUACUUCUAAAUAAAUUGCCUGCAACCGACGUCGACCAA